UACUAAUCUCAUAUAAAUUUCACUAAAAAUAGUACGGUACUAUAAACUUUAAUGUAAAAUUAUUUCCCUGAAUAAUAUUGUUGUUUUAAAUGCAUUUACCGUAAUUUUUAUGUGCAUUAUUUAUGGCCGAGAAGAACAUUGGAACACAAAGAGCAAACAUGCAAUCUAUAAGACUGCUUUCAGGAUAUGAUAUGCCUAUUGUAGGAUUAGGAACAUGGCAGGCUAAACCAGAAGAAAUUGAAGCUGCUGUAAAUAUAGCCCUAGAAUGUGGUUAUAGACAUAUCGACACAGCAAGCAAUUAUAAUAAUGAAGAUGCAAUUGGUAAAGCUUUAAAAAAAUGGUUCGAAAAAGGUGGCAUCAGAGAAGAACUUUUUAUUACAACAAAGUUGCCUCACUUUGGUAAUCGACCUUCCGAUGUAGAAAAAUUCAUUAAAUUGUCAUUGGAGAGGCUUGGAUUGGAUUAUUUAGACAUGUAUCUCGUCCACAUGCCUUUUGCAUUUAAAUUAGAUGAAGAAACUCAUGCUGCAGCAACUGACGAGGAUGGAAAUUAUAUACUCGAUCUUAAUACAGAUCCUGUGUCAGUUUGGAAGGAAAUGGAGGAGCAAGUCAGAUUAGGGCGUACCAGAUCUAUAGGUUUAAGUAAUUUCAAUGAAGACCAAAUUUUGACUAUAUGGGAAAACGCACAAAUAAAACCAAGUAAUCUGCAGGUGGAAUUGCACGCAUAUAUGCAACAAAAAUCAAUUCGGGAAUUAUGUAAGAAACACAAUAUCAUUGUAACGGGCUACAGUCCAUUGGGAUCUCCAGCUGCAAAGGCGCACUUUCAAACAAAAUAUAACUACAGUUUAGACAAGUUUCCUGAUCUACUCAAUCACCCAAUUGUCCGAGAUAUUGCUGCAAAACAUGAGAAAACGACGGCGCAAAUUUUGUUACGUCAUUUACUGCAAUUGGGCAUUAUCAUUAUUCCCAAAAGUUCGUCCCCGGAAAGAAUCAAAUCAAAUAUCGAUUUAUUUGAUUUUGCCUUGACAGAAAAAGAUAUGGAACAAUUGAGUAUUUUAGAUCAAGAUAUUAAUGGAAGAAUCUUUAACUUCUUAUUUUUCAAAGGGAUCGAGAAUCAUCCUCAUUAUCCAUUUAAAAGUGAACUUCCACUAUUAUUAUAAAUUAUUACAUAAGGAAUCAUUAGUUUGUAUUGAAAUAGUUGAAUGGAUUAUGUAACACACAAAAGCGCAACAAUACGAUAUUAUAUAAUAUACAUUGAAGAUGUUUCUGUUAUUCUUCAAUGCAGCCUAUACAACAUUUUACGUUGCAAACGAUGUUGAAGCUCACCGCGACGUAUCAUCGUAUGUAUAACUUUGUAAAUGGCGCGUUCCGGAAAUGAUUGUUUAAGAAAGUCUUUUACUAUGUUCUGUUCAGAUACUUGAUGUCCAAUAGGAAAUCUAUUUUUUAAUUGCUUUUCGAUGCGGGAUAGAAUUUCGUGGUCUUCUUCCGACGUAAAUCCUUCUGCUCCUAAUAUCACAACAUAUAUAUGUUACAUGAAUAUCUACUGCGAUUGUCUAUACUAUAAUUACUGCAAUAUUAUAUUUUAUGUAUAAAUUUGUAGUUUACCUGCCAAUGAUCCAGACAUUGCAGCUUCUAAUGUAGACACUUGAAAAAGCCUCAAAGCUUCGUUAACGUGGACUUCAGUUGCAAAAGAUUGCAUCUGCAUCUUGGCUAGAGCUUCGGACAUUCGUAUAACAGCUUCAAGUUGUCUGACCGUUAUAGGUAUGGACAAUCUUUUUUCGGAAUCUUUUUCGUGUUCUCUUGUACCGGCUCGCAUCAUCACGUAACGAUUCUUCAAUUUCUCUCCUGCUUCUGCGCUGAGCCUUGGACCACAACGUCUGUGUUACAAGAGAAAAAUGUACAUGAGACUUUGUGAGACUUACGUGUGUCUUACAUAUAAGAUAUAGCGCACUUACGUUCUACAAUAGUUAAUAUACUUCUUAAGAAUAUGCACAGGGAUCUCGCCUUCUACCGAUUGUUCUGUGAUCUGACCAGCGUUGCAAUGAAUGUUCAUAACAUGUUUAGCCAAAGUUACAUCUCUGUUAUGUUCAUGUUCAUCCUUAACAAUAAAUAUCAUAUCGAAACGUGAUAAUAUUGUCGGCAUAAAA